AUGAAACCUGGACUUAGAAAAUAUGCCUGUGAUCUCAUACUGAACCCAAACACAUUAUUCAGACGUCUCUCUCUGUCUGAGGAGAACAGAAAGGUGACAGGUAGGAGAGAGGAGCAGCCGUAUCCUGAUCACCCAGAGAGAUUUGAGGUCUGGGGACAGGUGCUGUGUAGAGAGGGUCUGACUGGGCGCUGUUACUGGGAGGUAGAGUGGAGUGGGAGUGGGGCUGUUAUAGGAGUGACAUAUAAAGGAAUCAGCAGGAGAGGAAAGGCUAAUGACUGUUGGCUUGGAUACAAUGACAAGUCCUGGAGUCUGGUCCGCCCUAACAACCGUUACUCUGCCUGGCACAAUAAUAAGUCCACUACCAUAGACGUCCCCUCCUCCAGCCCCCACAGAGUAGGAGUGUAUCUGGACUGGCCAGCCGGCACUCUGUCCUUCUACAGAGUCUCCUCUGACACACUGACCCACCUGUACACAUUCCAAUCCACAUUCACUGAGCCCCUCUAUCCAGGGUUUCAUCUUUGGUAUAAAUCCUCAGUGACCCUGUGUCAGGUGGUCUCUGUGUCAAACACAACAUGAUGUUUCACUCUAAUCAUGGUCAUGUUCAGUAAGACACACUGGAGCAACAAUGUAGAAUAUCUCUCUAGUGUGUCAACCCCUCUAUCCAGGGUGUUAUGUUUGGGGUGACUCCUCUU